AAACAUGGCAGCGAAUUUGCAAGUUUUUAUCGUACUAAACGUUAUCACUUUAGUUCUUGGUCACGGUAGCCUUGUCGACCCAGCUAGCAGGAACUCGGCUUGGAGGUUCGGUUUUGAUACACCGACGCAGCAUACUGAUAACGAGCUGAAUUGCGGUGGCUUCAGCGUUCAGUGGAACACGAACAAAGGAAAGUGCGGCGUGUGUGGAGACGCGUACCAUUUUAAGCCUGGUAAGGCUCUCUACACUCACCCUGGAACGUUCGCCACGGGAACCAUCACUAAGACGUACAGAGAGGGACAGGAAAUUACGGUGAUGAUAGAAGUUACCUCCAACCACCAGGGAUACUUCACCUUCAGGGUGGGCGACAUUGGCUCUCCUCCCAUUACUCAAGAGAAACUGAAAUAUGUAUUGAGGCAGCCUAAUGGCGACACCAGGUGGAAAAUCAACGUGCCCGAAGACAAAAUCUUUGAGAUCAAGCUGAGACUUCCCAAGGGCCUUACAUGUGAUCACUGCGUGUUGCAGUGGUGGUGGCGCGUGGGAAACAGUUGGGGAUGCGAUGGGCCUAAUGACUGCGGAAUGGGCAAAGGACAACAGGAAACUUUCGUAAAUUGCGCCGACAUCAGGAUCACGAAAAGCGACGGAAGUGUGCCACCACCUCCUCCAACACGGCCUCCCCCACCCACUGAGAAGCCUCCGAAGCCUACCGAGCCUCUGCCUACCAAUGCUCCUAAUCCGAAGGGCUGCAAAGCCGUAGGCCCCUGGACAGGCAACAAAGCCAUAGACGAGUGGUGCGUCAAAAACUGCGCCAAAGGUAACUGUCCAGCCAACAUGUGCAAGUGUCCGAAGUGAAAGGAACUGUAGUCUGAAUGACGUCAAGUCUCUCGCUGGUAUCAAGAUUAAAGGAGUUCUGUGUAGAUUAAGGGAAAUAAAAUGUAU